UAAACAUCGCAACAAAAAUUACCGCGAACUACCACAGAGGCCGAGUGUAAAACAUUGAUCAAAACGAUUCUUUUUCUUUUAGUUUUUGAGCGGCUGGAUUUAAAAACCACAGUUUUUCUGGUAGCGGUGUCUCUAACGAUCUAAACAUGGAGGAAUAUGACGAUAUUUUUGAGAUUGAGGAUCGGUUCGAGGAGCAGUUUGCUGACGAGCUGGAAGUGUUAGCUCAGAUGGAGGACGAAACCUCCCAGCCAGCGAAGCGUCUAAAGCAGACUUAUGGAGACGACAUUUCAGACAUAGAACACCUCCUGGACACUCAGCCCAGCACUCCAAAAGCAAAGCGGCAUGAUACAGGCGUGGUUAAGCGUCUUUUCAAUGGAUCCCAAGCUCAGGAGAAGAAAGUCCUGCCAGAGCGUGACGACAUCACACCGCCAUCAUCUCCUGAGCAGUUUGAGGUGUCAAACACCUUCAGAUCUACUGCUGCCGCGCUGGAUAUAAGUGGCUUCGCAGAAAUCCCGGAGACCCCCGGGCAACCCGUCACACUGACCCCGGCAUCCACACGUGUGCUGAAGCGACCGCCUUUGGAGGGCGAGUUUAUCAAUGUGACUGAUUCGUUGGGGAAUCGGGUGUACCUCCGACAGAAGGAAGAGACGGGCAUAAAGAAUGUGGACUCAAGAAUAGUACCGAACACUGAAGGAGAACUGGGACUGCUCACUUUGCCAAUUAGAGUCCUGAGACAACAGGAAGCAGAGAGGCGCCACCAGCAGGUUAUUGAGGAAUCGCAGCGUCUCACUGAGCUGAUUGGGUAUGGAGCUCCUCACCAUCUCUCAUUAAUGCACAGAGAGGUGACUGAUCCUGUCCAUAAAUGUUUUUGCACGUGCAGCAGUGUGAACGAUGCAUUCGGCGAGUCUGAAAACGGAGAGGAGGAGGAGGAGAACGAGGAUCCUGAGGACGCAGAGGGACGGACAUCUCGGCUGUGGGUGGACAGAUUUUCACCGCGUCACUACACGGAGCUCCUCAGUGAUGACUUCACUAACCGCUGUCUACUGAAGUGGUUGAAGCUGUGGGACACAGUGGUGUUUGGAAGAGAGAGGAAGUCCCGCCCCACACGCUCUGACAGACAGGCACCCAGUCACAACUCAUUCAAACCCAAUCAGGGAAAUCAGAAUCCAAACCGCUUCAAAAGCAAAGUGGAGAUGACGGAGGAGCUACUGGAGGCUGAACUGGACCAGUACAAACGACCUAAAUAUAAGGUGGCGUUGUUGUCAGGACCUCCAGGCUUAGGGAAGACCACUUUGGCUCAUGUCAUAGCAAAGCAUGCUGGGUACAAUGUGGUGGAAAUCAACGCCAGUGACGAUCGCAGUGCAGAGGUCUUCCAGAAACGCAUCGACACGGCUACUCAGAUGAAAUCAGUUUUAGGCGCCAACGAGAGGCCGAACUGCCUGAUAAUCGACGAGAUCGAUGGAGCACCAGCGGCCGCCAUCAACAUACUGUUAUCAGUGCUGAACAGGAAAGAUGGACAUGGUGGGGACGCCGGUGCAGAAACCGCAAAGAAGAAAAAGAAGAAAGAGUCCAUAUUGCUUCGCCCAAUCAUCUGCAUCUGUAACGACCUUUACGUUCCUGCUCUCAGACCUCUCAGACAGCAGGCUUUUCUUCUGUCUUUCCCACAAACCCAACCUUCCCGCCUCACUCAAAGAUUAGCAGAGAUCUCCACACGGCAGGGCCUAAAAGCAGACGCCGGGGCUCUGAUGUCCUUGUGUGAGAAGACAGAUAAUGACAUUCGUUCCUGCAUCAACACUCUACAGUUCCUCCAUGGUCGUGGCUUGAAGCAGCUGGACUCCAGAACCAUCCAGAGCGUCUCUGUCGGGCAGAAGGACCAAAAUAAAGGCUUGUUCUAUCUGUGGCAGGAGAUCUUUCAGUUACCACGGAUAAAACGAAAACGUAUCGGCGAAGGCUUUGAAGAAGCACCUGGUUCAGGAAGUGGGUUUCAGAGGUUCCAGCACAUUUUGCACCUUGCUUCAUCAAGCGGAGAAUACGAAAAGGUAUCUCAGGGCCUCUAUGAUAACUACUUGUCCAUGCGAGUGAGGGACCCCAACAUGCAGAGCGUGUGCGAGGCUUUGGAUUGGCUGACGUUCUCCGACAGGCUGAACCAAGUGAUUCUGCAUGGACAGAACUUCUCCCUGAUGAGAUACCUGCCCUUCCUCUCCGUGACAUUUCACUUCCUGUUCGCCAACAUGCAUGUGCCCCGCAUCAGCUAUCCUCACAGCCACCACGAGGCUGCGUCUCGUCUACUAAGCAGCAGGAACGCUUUGUCCACCAUGUUGGCCGACAUCCCAGCAAGCAUCCGAUCCAGAAUCGGCCCGCUAAGCCUCACUCUUGAUAUUCUCACAUUGCUUCUUGACAUCAUCUGUCCAAAACUGCGACCUGUGAAUCCGCAGCUGUUUAGCAGCAGAGAGAAGGAACAGAUGCGCGAGCUGAUUGACACCAUGUUGGCCUACAACCUCUCGUACAGGCAGGACCGCACACCUGAGGGCCAGUACACCUACGUGUUGGAGCCGCGUGUUGAGGAGGUGGCCAGGUUUCCGGGCUUACCACCGCAUCGGCAGCUCACGUAUCAGGCCAGACAGACCAUCAGCAGAGAGAUGGAGCAGGAAAAGAUGAGGAGAGCAGAGCAUAUAAUGAUGCAGAGGAACCCUUCAAAGAAAGAGGAAGAGAAAAAGAGUGCUGGCCCAAAACCGACCAGGAACCAUCAGCAGAGGUUGGAGAACAUCGUGAAACAAACCACAGUGGAGGCGAGGCCGGAGGUGGAUUUCUUCGGUCGAAUUGUCACCCCCAAACCUCAGAGACCACAGCCGUCCUCAGACUCAGGUGAGAAGUGUGCGGUUCUCUCCAUGGGGACGGCUGUAGGCAACAGCGAUGUGUGGUUCCGCUUCAACGAGGGCAUGUCCAAUGCGGUCAGACGCAACGUUUACAUCCGAGAGCUCCUAUAAACACCACUGGACCGACAUCAAUACGUUCUGUUAAUUCAAAACAGUCUUUAUUUGGAUCGACAGUGCAAAGAGCCAAUAAAAAGGACAUUGCUGAACCCAGGGGAAGAUGC